UUUCAAAUCUGCUGCAAAAAGAGCGGAAGCAGCUCAGAUUUUCGAAAAUUUGAAACCCCCUCUCCCUCCAAGAUUUAUUUGGUUGGAUUUCGGAAACGGAUGGGAAGUAAGAAAGAUAAAGGUUUCUACCAUAGCCUUUCAAGAAAAGAGCUUCAAAGUUUAUGUAAGAAAUAUGAUCUGCCUGCUAACAGGUCGAGCUCGGAUAUGGCUAGAUCACUGGCCUCCUUUCUAGAGAACCAGAGAUUGAGUUCAAUGACUAGGAGGGAAAGAUUAUAUGAAAUUCAAGAGACUGGACUUCCAUUGUCCCUGCAACUCCCUUUCAAGGAUGCUGAUAAAGAUUUCUAUGGACUCAUCUCUUGUCCAGCAGGCAGUUGUAAUGGAGGGAAUUAUUCUCAAGCAGUUAAAAAUAAUGGAUUGGAUUGUUGUGCAGGGGAUAAAUUUUAUCAUAAGGAUGACUAUGGUGGUGAUUCUAUAUUCUUCCAGAAAACACAACAGCUUCAGUUUGUUACUCAGUCUAAUGAUAGUGGUUUAAAGAAUAAAGAGUUCCCAACUAUAUACUUCAACAGAAAUUGUUUGAGUCCUACAAGACAAGGGAAGAUGAAUGAUUUGCCUCAAAUUGGAAACAAAGAUGUGAAUGUUGGUGCAUGUUCUAAUGAGGCUGACUUUCAUUCCUCCAUAAACACUUCUACUGUUUCUUCCUCUUCUUUUCAGUUUCAUAACAUGUCCCAUAGCAGGUCUCAGAGUUUCCGUAAUGAGCUUGGGCACUUUGGGGAAAGUAGUAAGCAGUUGAAAAGUUCUUUUCAAUUGAAUGUAGAAACUGGGAGAAUAGCAGAUGGCCAUAUACACUCUGGAUUACCCCCAAGUUUGAUCAUAAAAGAACAUCAUGCAUUGCAGCUUGAUAAGUCAAAUGGAGAUGAAAGGCCCACAGACUCCACUGUAAUGACAUGCGCUGAAGCUGUGGAUGUGUCAGAGCACUUAGAAGGACAUCAAGGACUGCCCACAUUUAAAGCUCUUCCCAAUGUUCAAGAGGAAGUAAUUUCUUCUGGUGCAUCCUCUGCUAAAGAUGGAUGUUUGAUAACUCUUGAUUCAAAUGUUAGUUCUCCCAAGGAGACGUUAGCCAGUGAUGCUAUGUUAAAUAUAUCAGAUGGUGCACCAAAUCUUCUCAUAGUGAAGCAUAAGAAUUCUAAUCUUGAAAAUGAAAUAUGUGAUAAUUCUACCCUGCAAAAUGGUUGUAAUCCUGUGAGUUCUGGUGUAAUAGUUCCUGGAUUCAUGUCAGAUGAUUCAUUGCAGAUGCCAAUGCCCAAAGACGUGUCUCACCAAAAAAAGGCAUUGCAUUCACCUUGUGAAAAUGUUGAAUUUGGGAAUUUGGUUGAUCAAAAGCAUAAUACUUAUGCGGAACAAGGUGGAGUAGUAGGCUCAACUGGGCUUUGUCAAGAGAUAUAUAGGAAUCAGUUGCCGACAUUAGUCGAAGAACAGGAUAGGAGCAAAGUUAUUAAUUGGGGAGAGAGUUCGGAAUGCUCACAUGAUGAAUUAUUUGAAAAUUGUGGAGUGCUUGAUAAUCUCGAUUCUAAUGGGCUUGGGAAAAAGAGAGCAUAUAUAGAUGGCGAUCAGAAUGAUUGUGGCAUGCAUGAUGCCAAGGUUUUAAGAAGCAGAAAGCAUCCUAUUAGGAAGGUAGAUGAUCAAAAUGAUUGUAGCAUGCUUGAUGUCAAGGUUUUAAGAAGCGGAAAGCAGCCUAAUGGAAAGGUCGUUGGUGAUCAAAAUGAUUGUAGCAUGCAUGAUGCAAAGGUUUUAAGAAGCGGAAAGCAUCCUAUUAGGAAAGUUGUUCCUAGAAGAUCCAUGCGGCUGGUUUCCAAGUGAUUUACGAAGUCUGUGCCAGCGAAAUUCGAAAUAUUGAUUUCAGUUUUCCUUAGGAAUUCAUAUUGCAAAGUCAGGUAUUGUCUAGAGUAAGUGUUACAUAAUAAUUUUGCAUAAUAAUUUCAUUUGA